UCUGUCCACUAGGGGCCGCGGUGGUCUUUAGGAAGUUGAACAGCUGCACUAAGAGAUUUAAUGACCCUUGAUUUAAGAAGCAGCAGCUGAUUAAGGCUCGUUACAGCACAGAGGAUUACAGAGAGAGACUCUGAGUGAACUUUUAUAAUCUAUUUACUUUUUUAUACAGGAUCAGUGACUGAUUUUAGAAAAGAGCAGUGUUCAAAGCUUUGUGUAUGUGCUGGAGGCCCUGAACUACACUGUAGUUAGAGUGUGUGUGUGUGUGUGUGUGUGUGUGUGUGUGUGUGUGUGUUCGUGUGAAUGAAAUGAUGUCACUGAGAGAAGGUGUGGAGGAGCUGGAGGAGGCGGAUACAAUUCCUGGACACCGCCCAUGUUGCUUUGACAGCUCCAGUAAAGCUCUGUGUGAGAGUUGGUUGUUUCUGCACUUUGUGAGACUUAAUGCACAUGAGCUGAGGUAUAGUCCUGAUUUUCUGUCCUUUAGUAGUAAAACUCUGCUGUGAUUUUGCGAAACAUUCCUGAGACUCCAGCAAGUAUUUGGAAGAUCACCUGUGAGUGGAUCACACCUGCAGUCUCUCUGAACACUUAAAAUGGCGAGCUGGUGGUGGUUUGUGUGUUUGUGUCAUGUUGCUCUCUCUGACAGAACACAACAAAACUCCAUGAACUGCGAUAGAGUACGCAAACUUUUGCAGCUACAGCAGAUCGACACAACAACUGGUGUGCUGAACAAACCUCGAACAGUUCCGACAGGAUCGGAUCUUCAGGUGUGUCUGAGCAACAGUGUGACCUGCUGUACAAGGGUGGUGGAGGAGCGGUACCAGACAGCAGUGCAUCAGGACAUGCAGAAUCUUUUGCAGACCUUCAGCUUCAACCUGAAGCUUCUCAUCACACAAAAUAUUGCCAUUGUUCAAGACACUGUGGAUUCAGUGGUGCGCCAAGUACAGAACCGCACAUUUCACCUCUUGAACGGAUUAUAUGGUGACCUUGCAAGGCGUGGUUCUUCUCCACUGGCUGAACUUUUUACAGAUGUUGGUCUUUUUGUGCUGGGGGCGGAGCUUAACCUAGAAGAAGCAGCUCAUAGGUUUUUCAACACACUUUUCCCAUUGGUGUAUGAGCAACUGGUAGAGCCACAUAUGGCACCUUUCGACCCCAUCUACCAAGAGUGUGUACAGUCAGUAGGGCGCCGUGCAGCAGCAUAUGGGACUGCCCCGACUCGCCUUGCCUUACUGGUGUCGCAUGCCUCUUUUGCAGAGCGCACGUUUCUGCAGGCAAUGCACCUUGCUGUUGAGGUCAUCAACACCACGGACCAUGUCCAACCAAGCCAUGAUUGCCGCUACGCACUAAUGCGUAUGCGUUAUUGCCCAUUGUGCCAGGCCCUGGCAGACAGCAAGCCAUGCAUGGGCUACUGCCUGAAUGUGCUGCGUGGAUGCUUGGCCGGUCUCGCCGAGGUUGAUGCCCACUGGCAGGAAUUUGUGCGCUCCUUGGAGGCACUGGUUACACGCAUGCAUGAUGGGGAUGAGCUUGAGCACGUACUUUCCUCAAUCCCACCUUUCAUCACAGAUGCUGUAGCUUACGCUGGCAAGAAUGCUGCCCGACUCACCUCACAGGUUCAUGAGUUGUGCGGAGAACCUGUGCGCUCCAGUCAUGUCCAGCAGGGUGACGCUAUUGACACACUACACCUCCACACUUUCUCUGAGAGAAACGAAGAGGAGACUCUGAGUCACAGGAGACGGGAAUUCAUUAGUUCUUUCCGGCACUAUCGGGCAUUUUACGGAGGUUUGGCUGAUCAGAUGUGUGUUAGAGAGCUAGCGUCAACUGACGGACCCACCUGCUGGAACGGAAUCAGCAUGGUCAAGAGUUAUACGAAGCGAGUUGUGGGCAGCGGAAUACGAGCCCAGGCACAAAACCCAGAAGUUUGGGUGAAGGAGGCUGAUCCAGUCAUCAACCAGGUGAUCGACAAGCUGAAGCAUAUCAACCAGCGCCUGCAGGGACGCUUUAUCCCUAAAUUGGGCACUUUGGACCAGAUCGAGAUGGGCAGUGGAGACACAGACUUGGUGUUUAGUGGACAAUGUGAUGAUGAGGAUGGCUGCUGGGGGUCUGGAGACAGAGCUGCAGAAACCCGAAGCAUUAAACCACCUGGACUAAGCGAACAGAAGCCUGAUGAAAACCCCCACCAUGGCUCUCACACACAAGCUUCCGGACAUAUACUUCAGGCUUCAUCAAGCUGCAGGAACACACACGGUGCCGUGUCAGUUCUCAGUGCAGUAUACACACUGCUUAUGUUAUGGAGGUAACACUUGAGCAAAAUCCGGCUCCUGAACCUGGACGCAGUAAAGACUCUCUACCAAAAACCUUUUCUUCUCUCAUCUGUUUUUUUUUUCUUUCUCCCACUGUCGACACUGACACUGGCUCCUUAACACUCCUCUUUGUGUUCAGGGCCCUCUGGAGUCAAUGGGGGUGAAAAAUCACCCUGAGAUGUUCCUGACAUUCCCUUACAGACAAGGGCAGAUUUAAACAGUGUAGGUGAUGAUUAAAGGGGUGGGGCUAUGCUCCCGAGGGAGGAUGAUUGACAGCCGGAGGGCGCUUGACUAACCUGCAGCCUCUGACAGGGGUUUAAUGUAGAAAAAGUCAAGAGAAAAUACAAGGGAGAAACAUAUAGAAUAUUCCUGGAACAUGGGCUUUAAACUGAUUUAAUCUGAUUGCUGAUUACAUUUAAUUUCUGAAUAUUCAUUACUAUGCAUACAACUUAGUCUUCAUAGACAGACAGACAGACAGACAGACAGAUCGGAGGAGUGGAUGGAUAGAUGGACAGAGCUUCCUGUAUAAGCUCAAAAUGUAUUGUAGUGUACAGAAAUGCAGACAGACAUAUAGAUAGAUGGACAGACAUAAAGUGACCUUCAUAGACAGAUAUAGACAGAUAUAGAUAGACAGAUAGAUAUACAGACAACAUACAGUAUAGAGUGAAUAAAAGUCUACAUGCCCCUGUUGAAUUUGCAGGUUUUUGUGAUUUAAACAAUCAAUACCAAAAUACAUCUUUUUUUCACUGUUAUUGCAUUAUAUAAACCAACAAAAUUCAAGUAAAAAACAAAUAGAAAGGUUUUUGUUUUACGGCACCAUUUGUUUGUAAUGCAGCACUCUGGCUGUUUAGGGAAGACUUUCCCAGCUUAAGAUAGCUUGGUUUGAAAUUUUAUUCUACUCCUCUUUGCAAAAGUGCUCCAGUUCGAUCAGAUAGUGAGGGGAUCUUCUUAGCACAGUCCUCUUCAUGUCACUCCACAGCUUUUUGAUAGGAUUUAGAUCUGGCCUCUGUCUGAGCCAUUCCAAAACAUUCAUCAUCAUCUUCUGAAGCCACGGCUUGGAUUUGUGUGUUGGCUACUUGUUGUGCUGGAGGGGGAAAUUUUUAUACAUCUUUAGUUGUCUGACCGAGGCCUGCAGGUUUAUCCCAAAAUCGAACUCUAUUUGAAGUUAUACACGAUCUCGAUUAGAGGAACCAAGCUCAGAAAGGAACCCAUCUUCAAAAAUAAUAUAAAUAUUGUCUUUUCUACAUCAGUUUACGUUCGAGUGGAAUCGUGCAACCAAGAGCUCCUGAGGAACUAACACAUCAGCAUCAUUAGAUUUCAUUACAGACUUAACACUAAUUCCUUCUAAGUCUUUGAAUUUUCACUGAUAAAGACCCAAGCACAAAGCUGACCGAAGUAACAACGGUUUCAAUACGGCGCCAUAGUCUCCAAGUGACUAUCCACUAGUUUACCAUUGUAGAGCCAUACAGUAGGUCACAGCUGUCCAUGUAGCAGCAGCUGUGUGCACCACCAAGUGAUACGACUCCAACCAGACGUAGGACUUUAGGAUAGAUCAGGCAUCUCAAGAAGAAGCACUCACAGUGAUGGUGAGGACCAUGGCUUCAGCAUUCGGAUGAAACCAUGAGAAUCGUAGAGAAAUAGCUAUUUAUCUACAAUUAAUCAGAAUCAUCUCAUUGGUGACAGGUUUUUUUUUUCUUUCCUUCCCCCUGUACGUUUUCUCUUUGUUUUUCACUUGAAUUUUGUUGGUUGCUACAUAAACACUUCAGGUUUAAUGAUGACAAACGAAGAGGAACUAAUUGACCGAUUUCUGCUUCUUCAUGUCUGUUGUGUAAUGAUUUCUGAAACACUGUGGGCUUUUGAUUAAGAUUUUAUUAAGUCGUUAAUAUUGUUAGAAAAAUAUUCACAUAAAAAUUUUUAAUGUUUUGAUGUACUAUAAUUUAUUCUUCAAUGAUUCUUCAAAAUGUUUUUUUUUUUAAAGUGGAACAGUGCAAUAUUAUCAAUUUCAUCCUUUUUUUUUAUUCUUGGUACUAUGUACCUUAACGUAUAACACUUAUUUCAUUUGAUUUUAUGUUAAUAACCUGUAUGUGUAAUAUUUUUUACAGAGCACAUUAACAAACUAAAUCUGUCAUUUAUUUAUUCCGGGUUUCUAAUGAGAAGCAUUAAACUGAUAUGCUGACCCCAUUCUCUCUCUCUCUCUCUCUCUGUGUGUGUGUGUGUGUGUGUGUGUGUGUGUGUGUGUGUGUGUGUGUGUGUGUGUGUGUGUGUGUGUGUGUGUGUGUGUGUGUGUGUGUGUGUGUGUGUGUGUGUGUGUGUGUGUAUCAGUGAUCCUGUACUGAGAUGAUAAGGAUUCUGUGUAAUAACACAAAACAUUAAUCCCAUGAGCCAAUAGCCUUAAAUUAGCCAGUUAGCCACAUAAGCCUAUUAACAUGUAACAUUUUUUUUGCCACCAACAUGGAAUUUAUAAAUAAAUCCAUAAAUGAAAUGAGUCAAUUAAACGUGUAAAAAAAUAAUUUUU